AGCAUGAACUAAUGGUGCACGCGUCUAUCAAUACAAACGUUCAUAUGAUUUGUUCAAAGCUGAUAGGAAUAUAACAGGAAAAAUGAAGCUGGUGUUGGUGCUUCUUAUUGCUUUGACAGACAUUGUGACGUGCAAUUGGAAUGCCUUUGGUAAAUAUCAUGAAUCGGGCCAUAUCAAUGAUGAAAUAUCGGAGUUUAACGCAGAGGCGGCGGCGUGUGAUGGAAACCUCUUAGGAAAGUGUGAUAUAUCGCGCCAUAUCAAGGAUCAAAUAUUAGAGUACUACGUUGACUGCAGUAAUCGAGACCUCACAGCUGUUCCAAACAAUCUGCCACUAAAUACAACUUGUUUGAAUAUGAAUGGAAACAAAAUAUCUAAAAUCAAUGGAACAUCAUGGCAAAGGUAUAAAUUAUUAAAGAAAUUAUCAUUAGCUAGGAACAUGAUAGACAGAGUUCACAGUGGGGAUUUUGCUGGACUACUAAUGCUAGAAAUGCUUGAUUUAAGUUUAAAUCAAAUUAGAUAUUCCAAUAUAGCUAGGAAUGCGUUUCGACCGCUGAAAAAAUUAAUUUACUUAGAUUUAAAGCAGAACCUAUCUAAUAUCUGGAGUAAUGAGACCUAUCCCGUUACCCUGAACCAUCUGUAUUAUCUUCAUACCUUGGUUAUCGACGGACUUGGUACACAACCACUGCCUUACAUGCCGAAUGUUAUCGAGAUGUAUAUGUCUGGAGAGUACGGUAGAUGUAACAUUCCAAAUAUCAACGGAAGUUUCUUUGAAAAUACCUUAGGAGUUCAAAACUUAUUCCUGUCAAAAUGUUUGAUCAGGAAAAUAGAAUUUAACACCUUUAAGCUUCUUCGAAACAUAACAUCUCUAGACCUGUCAUGGAAUAUCAACCUUGGCAUAGAAUCUAUGCCAAAUAUUACCAGUGGAUUGAAUGAUAGCAAAACAUUGAAACGUUUGAACUUAAACACGUUGUAUAAUCACUCACAAUUUGAUUUCUGCUCGUCAUUAAACAUAGAUGAUGUUAGAUAUUUAUCUAACACUUCCAUUGAGCUGAUUACAGUUGAAAACAACAAUCUUGUGCGCAUGGAUAAAGCCUCAGUAAAACAAUGGCCUAGGUCUAUUAAGUACCUCUCAGUUCAGCAUAAUAUGUUUCUAUAUGGUAACUAUACACCGUAUCUGAUAUCGAGCGGUGCUAUGAAUAAAAUAGUUUAUUUGGAUAUAAGUCGUAUGGCAGCUUCUAAUCGCCCAAUCUCCUCUCCCAGAUAUGGUGUUUCAAUGAAGAAAAAUUAUGAACAACGAUUGCAACCAAAUACAUACGACACUUGUCAACCAGAAAUAACAGUUAGCAAUUUUCACUCUUUGUGUAUGUCUAUGUUCACUCGUAACCAAUUUCCGGACUAUUUCCAAGUAAUCGAAGACAAACUAAAACAACAUGAUAUCGGAACAGAUAAUAUAAUAAUUGAUUCUCCAGAAAUCGAUUCACCGAGUAAACUUGAAUAUCUAGACAUAUCUGACAACCUCCCGGUACUGAUCGAAAGAGUGUUUGAAAUCUUCCGUAACAUUUCUAAUUUGAAAGUCCUAAAUGUGUCCAGAAAUUAUCUAGGGUACCCCUUAUAUGACGGCGAUGCUAUUAUAGGACAUCUGAAAAAUAUUCGUACUCUAGACCUUAGUGAUAAUAAAAUUAUUCAUUUAAUGCCAAACAUAUUCAACAACCUUACAAAACUUGAAAAUCUUUAUUUAUCACAAAAUAAAAUAAGUAAUAUAACGUUUGAAUUAAGCCAUUUGAAAAAUCUAAGUUAUUUGGAUCUGGAAGUCAACAGUCUGGAAUCUAUCAAUUUGGCUGCUAGAGAUGCAUUUGAUAAAUUGCUAAAUAUAAAAAUCAACAUUGCGAGAAACAAUUUAAAAUGCGUAUGUGAGAACAUAGAGUUUUUCCUUUGGGUUAAAAAACAUAAAGAUAAGUUCGCAAAAAUAGAAGAAACAUAUUGUAAGUUCAAAAAUUCUACGUCGGUGUCACUAGCAACAUUAAAUUAUGAUCAAUUACGGUUAGAAUGCUCGAGUUAUCUAACAUUAAUUCUCAUUGCAAGUUUGUCUGUUCUUUUCUUUAUCAUUAUUCUAAUAACUGCGCUAGUCUACCGAUUCCGAUGGAACCUCCGAUAUUUGUAUUACAUGACAAAAAUUAAACUUUUCGCUGAUUAUCAACGAAUGAAUGAUACUGAAUACGAGAAAGAUGUUUUUGUCUCAUACGCUGAUGAAGACCGAGGAUUUGUAAUUGAGCAGGUAAAACGCGAAUUAGAGGAAAAAGGUGAAAUUUCGUUAUUAAUUCAUGACCGAGAUUUCCGUGCAGGCGAAUAUGUAGUUGACAAUAUAUUGCGAGCGAUCACCUCUACGCGCAGAACGCUCAUUAUUCUAACGAGAGACUUUGUGAGAAGUAAAUGGUGUAUGUAUGAAUUAAAUAUGGCCCGAAUGGAAGCAGCGGAUACUGGCAGAAAUGUUCUGUGUGUCAUCCUGAAAGAGGAUAUACCACUUAAACAUCUGCCAAUAGAAAUAAUAGACGUUUUACAGAAAAAGACAUAUUUAGAAUACCCAACCAUUGAAGACAAUUUGCAGGGAUUUUGGGACAGAUUAAGAGUAACUCUUGAGAAUAAAAUGUAAUUAUUCGUAAGUGACGCGAUCAUCCUUUGUAAUUAAGGUUUGAAAGCGAACAGUAUGGAUCCUGACCAGACUGCGCAGACGCACAGGCUGUUCUGGAUCCAUGCUGGUCGCAAAGGCACUAUGUUGAUUUUCUCAUGGCGCGGCUCAAAUACAUUUGUACAAAUUUACAUAUACAGCCGUUUCAUUGAAAAUUUACCAAUCAUUUUUCAAACCACACAGAAGGUAUUCUCCGCAUGGACUAUGCAUCUGUGAAGGUAUUGUGCUAAUAGACUACGUAUCUGUAAAGAUAUCAUGCGAAUACACUAUGUAUUUGUAAAUAUAUUCUGCUAAUACACUAUGUAUCUGUAAAGGUAUUCUGCUAAUAUUUGUCCUGGACUAAGUCUAAACCAUGUCGGGAAUUUUGUUCAUCAACAUUAUAUACGAGGUGACUCACGAAACAUCCAAAAUGUGCUCGAUUUGACUGAAAUAGACGAUAUUUGUUUGUUUCAGUGUAAUAUUGAAAUAUCUAUCACGGGUGAACAUGAGAUAUGAUAUUUUCACGAGUGAAAAAGUAACAUAUGGUGUUCAAAAGUGAAAGAUAUUCUGAACUUACAUGUAAUGCAAUUCUUUCUGUUUAUUUCAUGAUUUGGCUAAAUUUACCCAUUUUAUAGUUUCUUAUCAUUCAGUGAAAAUGCCAAAUACAUUUCGCUCCAGUAUUUCGAAAAUUCACUAUAAAACAGGUAAUAAAUCAGAAUAUUCAGCUGUCCCUGGAUAAAUACGAUUGUACUUCACUUGUUACCCACCACACUAUACUUUUUCUGGGCCAAACGUUUGAUGUUUCUUCAUGUAAGUUGUGUUUAUAAUGUUUUAUUCCAUUUAGUUGUAAUUAUAUACUUUCUGUACAUGUAUGUCUAUACAGAAUUUUUAGAUUUUUUGGCAUUUUGUAGAAGUGUGCUUUCAUGUUUCCAUCCUCUAUUAUAAGUUACUAUUUCAGUUCAGUUUAUAUAUGUUGUUCCUUAAAAGCAUAAAACAGAGGAAAAGUUCGUACGUAGAAUUUUAGUAGUACUGUAUUUUAGUUUUAAAAAGAGACAUCAUUUAAAUAUUACUGAUACAUAAAUAUCUUUAUGUAUACUUUCUAUCUCCCCAUGUCUGAUGAUCUUUUAGCUAGUCGAAACACUUAAAUUUUGCCUAAAUACGAGAAGACAAAUGUAUUUACAAUUGAUCUGUUAUCUUGAUAGAAAAUCAACAAAAGUUUUCUCAAUUUAUAUAGUAUUGCACCCUGUCAUUGUACUAAUUUAUUUUCUCUAAAUGUAAGACAAUUUUUUAUGUUUAUAAUAUUUCAGUAAUUCUUUUCUUCUUAAUAUUUAUUGUCAUGAUUAUAACCAAAAAAAAAUGUUUUUGAUUCAUAACAUUGACUGUCAUAAUCAUAGGACAAUGUUUUAGAUUGAUAACAUUUAUUUCUGUCAUUUUAUGUUUCUUUGGACUUCUGUUACGUUUUCCUGCUAAAGACGCAUUUCACAGAAUCUACUUUUUGAUGUUUCUCCGUGUUUAUAUGUAUAAUUUUACAUACCAUUCAUCAAUAAUUUGAUGCUUGAAUAUGAAAAUAAGUGUAUAUAUUAGUUUGUUACAUGAUGUAAAGUUUUCUUUGUUUUAUUAUCACAUUUUAGUUUGUAUCUCUUGUUCUUUAAAAUAUCAAACAGAAAAAAACAUCGUACAUACAUAAUUAUAAACCCAGAUACUAGUAUCCAGGGGCUAUACUGGAUUCCGGUCCGUACGUCGGUCCGUCCGUCCGUCCGUUUGUAUACGGUAUAUUUGUCCAGGCUGUUUCACAGCAAUUGUUUGCCAGAUUUCAAUCAAACCUUGUAAUUAAUAUGAGCACCAAGCCUAGUUAUGCAUGUGUGAAGCGGGUCUCAUUUUGGAUAUUUUUCACUUAAUUAUGGCCCUUUAUUAAUUAUUUUUUUAUAUAAUUAUGGUAAAAAAUUGUCCGAGCUAUUUCUCGAUCUUUAUAUGCCAGACCUUUAUCAAACCUUGUAAUUAUCAUUGCUACCAAGUCAAGCUGUGCAUGUGCAAAGCACGUUCCAUUUUAAUGAUUUUUCUCAUAGUUCUUGCCUUUUAAUAUUUUUUUCUUCAUAUGUAUAUAUAAAAAAAUGUCCGCGCUAUUUCUCGGUCAUUCUAUGCCAGACUUUUAUCGCAUGACAGCUGCACUUUCCUUUGAAGUUUUGUGUUUACUAAAUCUGGUAUCGCCACGGUUAGCUGUUCUCUAAAUUCCGUUGCACUCGGGAUCCUCGAAAAUCUGGGAUGGGCUCAUGGGAUGGGCUCGUGGGAUGAAAUGGGAUGGGCUCAAAGACAUGGGCUGAACUUAUUUGCCCGUAAAUUUUCUCAGAUUCUCGAAGGUUUCUUAAGGUGAACAGUUCUCUAUAAAAUAAAUGAUACUCCUGGGAAUUCAUGCCAUACUGCCAAUAAGAUCUGGUCGAGGGUAACAAAAUGGGUUAAUCAUGUAAUGUCUUAUAGCAUAGGGUAAUAACAGUAACUACAUUUUCUUAUUAUUGAUAUCAUUAUUAUUGUUAAUUCUCUUGAUCUAGUCAGUAGUACACUUAAUAAAACAGUAAUAAUUUUAAAGUAAUAUUAUGAAAAAUAAAAACACGUAGAACAGUAAUAAUUUUAAAGUAAUAUUAUGAAAACUAAAAAAUAUAUGUUUCUUGCAUAUGUAUUUAUAACUGAUACCUUUAUGAAAUAAAAGUAAAUUAUUUAGCGGAAAAAAAUGUAUUUGAAUGUCAAAACAAAACAUUUCGGUAAAAUGAAGAAUUAUGAAGAUAAAGGUUAGAAUUACAUAUAUACAUGUCAGAUUCUCAAACAUAUGGCAAUUUUCUAUUUAUUGAUUAUACAUGAUGUUUACAAUAACACAAUACAAUAAAUGACCAUAUUUUGUUCCAGAUAAUUGCUUUUUGGCUCUACUUAUCAUUAAAAAGAUUUUUAUGUUAACACCAAGAUUAUAUUUUGUUCAAAAUAAUUGCUUUUUUUUUUUUUUGCUUUACGUAUGAUAAAAAGUACAGUCCAUAAUUUUUUCAUUACUUAUAUUGGAACCGUAGAAGUACAUUCUAACAAGUUAGAGGACUAAGUGUUGGUAAUUUUUUUACUUUGAUUCCCUUCUUGGCAGCGAUACAGUGUAGGUCUCACUCUGGGAAUUGUAAUUAAAGGUUGUGUCCCUGUUAUUCUUAGCUGACCUCUUAAUUGCCCAGUUGAACUUUUAAUGCAUGUUCCGCACUAUAUAUUUCUUUGACCUUGGGCCCACGAUCCCAUGACCUUCAGCCCAUCCCAUCCCAUCCCAUGAGCCCAUCCCAUGAGCCUAUCCCAGGUUUUCCAGGCUGCCGUUGCACACAGGUAUCGCUCACAGUUUUCUCUGUAUGGCACAGAAAUUAGCAAAUGUUGCUGUGAUAAGGUCUUGAAAAUGAUAAGCAAUUUGAAAUAAUUUAUCACUGUAUGUCUGUAGUUAAGUUCUCUAUAUCUUGAUUUAAAAUUUUGAUUUUUUUUAAGUGCCAUAAAAAUAUAACUACAGACAUGAUUAUGACAUUCUAUUCAGUUUAAAAAUUCAAAAUUACUUUUCUGGAAAAGUUUUACAAUGCACUCUAGGUGUUAAUUACAUUGAUACAUGAAGCCUUCUGCUAAUCAGGUUUGUUGAUAAAAUUAGCCACGGCAUUGUUUACAUAGGGUUCAUCGGACCUCGUUAUUGCCUCUCGGCAAAUUCAAAUUUUUGAGAGUUAGUUUGAAUUAUUCUUUGAAACUCUACUUUACAAUUAUUUGUUUUAAAAAGUAAUUACACCGAUUGCUAAAGAAUGUUUCUAUGUGUAUUUAUGCAAUUUUUAUAACUUUUAAUUCAGUACUUUAUUUAGAAUUUUGAAAAAGGGCUCUCUGGUUUAAAGCAUGCAUAAUUCCUAUAAAAACUUGCCACAGUGCCAUCUUCUGGCCUUUAUAUGGCAGUUGAAUGAUGAUACCAGCCGGUAACACACAUGUAUGUAUUAUCUAACUUAUACUUAUUUAACCUUGUUAUUAUUAUUAUCAGUAGAAAGUGUAGUUGUGCAUGUGCGAAGCACGUUCCAUUGGAAUGAUUUUUCAUGAAGUUAUGGCCCUUUUUUGUUUCUAAUAUGAAUAGAGUUACAUUUGAAAAAAACUUCAAUAAUUUCUAUGAUAUUUCAUAUGCUGUUAAGUAUAACCAGUUGAUGACCCUUAGUGAUUACAUGGUCCCUUGACCAUGACCAUGACUUACUUACCUAGAUGAUUCUUUUUCAAGAUAUUGCUAUAAAAUUUGGACCACUUGAAUGUACAGUUUUGAACAUUGAUCUCAACACUGACUUUCAGUGGCCUUGAUUUCGACCUACAGACCUACUUUUUAAGGUAAGCAAUGAAAUUUGGAGAUCUGAUACAGUUUUGCAGAACAUAUUUUGUGCAUCCUUGUACAUUUUCUUCCUGUACAAUGUACAAAUUCAUAUUUUCAAUACCUCUGUUCCUCUGACAAAAAAGCUGCUGUCAGGGAGUUUCCAUCAACAUUAGUGACAGGUAAUGUUUUUAAUAGUCAAGUUUGAAGGAUGAACAUAUUUGUUUCUUUUUGUUACAAUUAAUGUUUCAUUUUGUGCCUGUGGAAACUCAAUGUCCUUUUCUUAUUGUUUCUGUGACGGCCAAAACGUGUAUUCAAUGCUGUCUUUGUGACAUUUUAUGACGUUAUUUUACAGGUGGUAAAGAUUGAAAUUGAAUUGUUCAAAUAACAUUUUCUUUUUUUUUAGUUGAUAAGCCGUCUAUUUUCCAUUCCAUGUAAAACAGUACAUAAAUGUGCAGCAUGUAAACAAGGGAUAUCAUUAAAAGCUUCAUAUGUAAGCUAAGUGCGGAGAUAUCUUUUCAAACUGAAAAACAAAUUAUAAGUAAAGAGAUGUAUUUUUGAUCUUAGCAUAUACUGUUUAUGGAAGGAUUUUUUUAAAGAUACGAACAUUUAAAAGAGUUAAUGAAAUGAAUGUAGGUUAUGUUUAAAAAGUUUCUUAAAUCAAUUUGCCCACAAACCGACAUCUACUCUCACAUAUCUAUAUGAUCCUAUUUCAUAUCAUGUGAAGAAAGUUUCCCUUUUACUGUUGCAAUGUGUUUUUCUAACUCUUUUCUUUCUUGAAGGAAUAUUAAAAAGUUCUGAAAUCUAGGGAAAGUAUACAUUAAUUUAAUUUUGAAGAUAAAGUAUUUUGCUAUAAUUAUUAUAUAAUUAUCCAAACAACGUUUUUGAGCUUGAGGGGUGUUUAAAGGGCCAAAAUCAAUUCUACGGAAGUUUAAAUCGACUUUCAAAUUGUCAUGAAAGAAAGUUUAAUUAGUUUGACAAAAAAUUUUGAAUAUAUAUAUAUAUACAAUCCCAGAAUUAAUUACAAUUGUUACAAUACUCACAGGGACUGGACUGAGAAAUAUUACAUUUAUUGAGAAAUGUAUUGGUAGGAAUAAUCCACAUAACAUAUUUAUAUUGAAAUACUCUCAACUUAGCCUCGACAGUAAUUUUAAAUGGUAUUAUAUAGAUACUCUUCCAAUUUAAAUUUACAAUAUUCGUUCCAUUUUUCUUCUCAGAAUCUGCUGUUACGAUUUUAUUGCUUUUAUUGUUUUCUAAAUAUUUGUUGUAAAAGAGUUUGUUAGGUUUUUCAGCUGCAUGAUUUCAUUAAUAAGACAGUAUGCUUUACCCAUGUUUUCAUUUACCUUUUCUGACUUUAUUUGUGCUUUCUAGGCAGAGGGGAUGUUUAAUACCAGUGAAUGGUAGUGAAGAUAAUAUUUAUUUUCAAUUCCAUAAAGAGUUUGAAAUUCCUCAAAUAUGAGAAAUCGUUUGUUUUCAUAGCUAUACAAAUCUUUGAUCAAUUUUACCUCUUUCUCCAAUCAUGAUUAAUAGAAAAUAGUUUUGUCUGAUAUUCUAAUUAUUGAAUUACUCCAUAUUAUGUCGAUACGUUUUCAAUAUGUCUUCUUUUUCAAAAUUGAUGUUGGAUUAACUUGAGAUAACGUCCUUAAGGAAGGUGUUUUUUAUUUUAGAAGUUAUAUUGGAGUAUAUGAAGUUGCAUUUUUAAUUUCCAUUAAAAAGGACGUUUUCCAAGCACCUUUGUUGUCUGAGUUUAAAAUUCGUUUCAUUAAACUACUUUAAUGCAUUUACAUUAUAUUCGUUCAGAUUUUUUUAUUUGUAAAAACAAUUCCUGAAGUGGUAUCUUGGUCUGGUUUAUAUGGUGUAAUUUUUCAAAAUAUUGGUUUCAAAGCCGUUGAUUUUUUAAAUUCAGUGUUCAGUGUUCAGUGACACUGAUAAGUGUAGAGAAUGACGGGUUUGAACCAUCUGUUAUAAAUGUUGCUUCAUCUGUAAAUAAUGAGAUUUUUUAUUUCUUUACCUGACAUUGUUGUACCUGUAAUACUUUUUCAUUUAAAAUGGCUAGAGACAAAAUUUCUAUAGCAAUUAUGAACAAGUAAGGAGAAUGUGGACAGCCUUGACGAACACCUCUUUUAAUAUUAAAUAGUUCUGACAGAUUCCGUUAUUUGACACACAUCCUUUUAUAUCGUGAUAAAAAAAAAUUCCCAACAUUUAUUUGAAUAUCUGAAGUUAAAGUAUUCAAGUGUUUUCAAAAGAAACCUAUGGUCAAGACUAUCGAAUGCUUUUUCAAAGUCGGCAAAAAAUAAUUUCCCGUCUUUAUUGUCGUUUAGGUGAUCUAUUACAUCAUAUAUCAAUCUACUAUUUUCUUCAACGUACCUACCUUUAAUAAAUUUAUCAGAUAACGUUUUCUGUUGCCAAUAAAGUCUACAUAUACAUUCCAUAAAGCUGAUACUAGACGAUGAAUACAUGUAAUACAGGUAAUAUGUACCACCAUUGAUGUUAACCCCUUCCACUGACAUAAGUAUCCCUGACUUUAUCAAUUUCUGGUUUAAAAUAUUGUGGUAUUGGUUAUUCUUCAGCCAUCCAGGUAAGGUCGUCCCUGUGUUUCCAUAAUUACAUCAAAGAACUUUUUCUGUGACUAAUAUUGUGCACAGAGACAUGUGGUCAUAAGAGACAUGGAGAUAUGCGAAAAAAUAUUAUGAAUAUAUUUGUGUUGCUUGGAUUAUGAUAAAAUCUAAAACAUGCUCACACUGGAAAUGCAUGUGAAGUAACACCAUUUCAUUGGUAAUUACUUAUAUUUUUCAGAAUUUAUAAGAAAUGGUGACCAGGGGCCGUAUUCAAAAAGCAUCUUAAGUAUAAGUAUAAGAAAUUAAUUAUUUACUUAAGUAUUAUUUAAGUAAGAAAUUUAUUUUACUUAAGUAUAUUUGUUAUUCAUAAAACAACUUAAUAAGUAAUUCUUGGCUUUUAUUGUGGACGAAAACAUUAAGAAAAAAUACAUUAAUUUCAGACAGAUACAACAUGCACAAUUAUGCUUAAAGUGCUUUUAUAUGAAAAACAACACUUUAAUCGUACUCACGACGCCAUUUUGUUUUCUGACUUAAGUCAUUUCUUACGUAUCUUAAGUUUAAGCUCUUUUAUGAAUUGGACUUAAGUUUUUACUUAGACUUAAGCUGAAAUCACCACAAACUUAAGUAAAAUCUUCAACUUAAGUCAAAACUUAUACUUAAGAUGCUUUAUGAAUACGACCCCAGACGUCAGUAAUGAACAAAGUAUUCUGCGAUAUAUUUUAAUUUGUAUUACUAAAGCCUGUAAGAUGUUUGCUGCCACAAAAGAGUGAUCAGUUUCUCUCGGUUUCCUUUUGUAUUCCAGUGAAAGAUAAUGCAAAAAUAUAUGAUAUAAAACUUUUAUGUAAAAACGAUCGAAAACUAUUAUAGAAAAAAAGACCUUUUUAUUAAAUACAUCUACAUUGGCUUAUUCUCUAACUCAUAUGCUGAUUAUGUCUCCCCCAGGAGACAUAUUGUUUUUGCCCUGUCCGUCCGUCCGUCCGUCCUUCCGUCCGUCCGUCCGUACGUCACACUUCAUUUCCGAGCAAUAACUGGAGAGCCAUUUGAUCUAGAACCUUCAAACUUCAUAGGGUUGUAGGGCUGCUGGAGUAGACGACCCCUAUUGUUUUUCGGGUCAUUCUAUCAAAGGUCAAGGUCACAGGGGCCUGAACAUUGAAAACCAUUUCUGAUCAAUAACUAGAGAACCACUUGACCCAGAAUAUUGAAACUUCAAAGGAUGAUUGUACAUGCAAAGUAGAUGACCCCUAUUGUUUUUGGGGUCACUCCGUCAAAGGUCAAGGUCACAGGGGCCUGAAAAUUGAAAACCAUUUCCGAUCAAUAACUAGAGAACCACUUGACCCAGAAUAUUGAAACUUCAUAGGAUGAUUGGUCAUGAAGAGUAGAUGACCCCUAUUGAUUUUGGGGUCACUCCGUCAAAGGUCAAGGUCACAGGGGCCUGAACAUUGAAAACCAUUUCCGAUCAAUAACUAGAGAACCACUUGACCAGAAUGUUGAAACUUCAUAGGAUGAUUGGUCAUAAAGGUAGACGACCCCUAUUGUUUUUGGGGUCACUCCGUCAAAGGUCAAGGUCACAGGGGCCUGAAAAUUGAAAACCAUUUCUGAUCAAUAACUAGAGAACCACUUGACCCAGAAUAUUGAAACUUCAAAGGAUGAUUGUACAUGCAAAGUAGAUGACCCCUAUCGAUUUUGGGGUCACUCCCUUAAAGGUCAAGGUCACAGGGGCUUGAACAUUGAAAACCAUUUCCGGUCAGUAACUUGAGAACCACUUGACCCAGAAUGUUGAAACUUAAUAGGAUGAUUGAUCAUAAAGGGUAGAUGACCCCUAACGAUUUUGGGGUCACUCUGUGAAAGGUCAAGGUCACAGGGGCCCGAACAUUGAAAACUUUUUCCGGUCAGUAACUUGAGAACCACUUCACCCAGAAUGAUGAAACUUCGUAGGAUUAUUGGUCGUGCAGAGUAGAUGAACCCUAACGAUUUUAGGGUCACUCUGUUAAAGGUCAAGGCCACAGGGGCCUGAACAUUGAAAACCAUUUCCAAUCAAUAACUUGAGAACCUCUCGACCCAGAAUGUUGAAACUUCAUAGGAUGAUUGUUCAUGCAGAGUAAAUGACCCUUAUUGUUUUUGGGGUCACUCCGUUAAAGGUCAAGGUCACAGGGGCCUGAACAUUGAUAACCAGUUCCGAUCAAUAACUUGAGAACCACUUGACCCAGAAUGUUGAAACUUCAUAGAAUGAUUGAACAUGCAGAGUAGAUGACCCCUAUUGCUUUUGGAGUCAGUCUAAUAAAGGUCAAGGUCACAGUGGCCUGUUCAUGUAAAAUCAUUUUUUUGGAAAUAACUUAAGAACCACUUGACCUACAAUGUUGAAACUUAAUAGGAUGAUUGGACAUGCAGAGUAGAUGACCCCUAUUUAUUUUGAGGUCACUUGAUCAAAGGUCAAGGUCACAGGAGCCUGAACAGUGACUUGAGAACCACUCGGCCACUAGUGUUGGAAUUUAGCAGGAUGACUGGACAUGCCAAGUAGAUGAUCCCUAUUGCAGCCAACCAUCAGUGUCUGUUUGACUUUCGCUCCUGACCCCUAUUGACUUCGUGCCUAUAGGACUUUGCAUUGGGGGAGACAUGCGCUUUUUUACAAAAGCAUUUUCUAGUUUUAUUUUAAUUCCUAUCAUCAAAUUUUCUAAAACAAACAUUUUCAUUCAUGGUGGUAACACUGCCAUUUCCGGGGAAUGGCAAAAUGGUAUUCAGAUGUUUCCAAAAAUGAUAGCGUUACACUUCAAACUAAUGAGCUUUUUACCAAUUAUGAAGGAACCAUUCUUAUGCCCUAAGACCGAGUCUUGGUGCCCUUUUUACAAUGAACAAAAACAAUUGAAAUUCUUACGUGACUUCAGUGGGCUCUACAAAACGAUUUCUAGCACAACUACUGUUAUAGAAUUCAUUGUAAUGUUACACACUACAAAGUCAUACCAAGAUAUGUACAAAAACAAUGCAUGUGAAGAAUGGAGAGAUAAAAACAAGAUUGUGAAAACCAGUUACAAAAUUUGACAGGUGGAUGAUGAGUCAAGGCUGUUUAUUUCUACUUACUUGAUUAAUUUUCUUAAAAAUACUACUCUAUAUCGUAGAUUACAACUAAUAAAUUAAACAAUAAAAGAACUAAUUGUUGA